AUGUGGUCCUCGGCUCUGAUAAGAGUCGGCCUCCUGGCACUGGUCGCUGCUCAGUCCACACAUGGCUGGAACCUGCGGUACAUGUACAACCUAUUGAGUCCCUUUGCUCGCAUGGCUGUAUUCCAGGAAAUCGUGUGGUUUGUAAGUCAGAAGCAGAGCGUGGACGAGAUUGAUCAGUUCAUUCGCCUCAUCGAUGAGGCAUUCGGGGCGUCCGCCACCCAGACAGUGGUAAACAACAACACGGAGAUGCGAAUGAAUCGAUCGCCGGCAAAAAGGAACCAUAUAAGCUUUGUGUUCACCACGGGCGUAGAUGAUCCCAUAAUGGAUGUGUUCAGAAAGGUGCUGCUGGGUCGCCACUUCUACUUCUCGAUGAUUAUGCCGUUGGACAAGGUUGGUAAGGACAUGAAGCCGGUUCACGAUCUCCUGCGCUUUGCUUACGACCAGCAGUUCUUCAAUUCGAUUAUCUACUUCGAGUCCGAGGACGGAAUCAAUCAGCUCUACGGUGUUGCGAAGUUUCCAUCCAUGAAGUUCAUCAAUCGCACUGAUAUUAUGAAAUUCCUUGCCGAAGCCGCAAAGAAGAUACAGAACGCCCGCUCGGAUGUGGAGGGGUAUCGUUUCCCAACACCAUUGCGCCAGGACUUGCCACAUCUGUUCGAGUCCCGCGGCCACUACGAUGGCAGCACCUACCGGAUAAUAGAGACCUUUGUCCAGUUCAUCAAUGGGAGCUUUGGGGAGCUGUUCCUGCCACCCGACGCCCUCGGCGGGAAGGUGGUCAACAUGAAACAGGCCCUACAGCUGGUCCGGGAUCGCCAGGUGGAAUUCUGCGCUCAUGCCUAUGCCCUGUUCAUGGCGGACGACGAGGUGGACAAAACCUACCCCCUGCAUGUGGUGCAGUGGUGCCUGAUGGUGCCUUUAUACAACAGUGUUUCCACGUAUUUGUACCCCCUACAGCCCUUCGAUUGGACGGUUUGGUUCUUUGUCAUAGGUUCAUUCUUUGCUUUGCUCUUCCUUGAGCUGUUCUGGCUGAAGAGGUUCGGGCACACCACCGGUGUCCAUACCGUAGUACUAAGCUCGUUCUGCUACAUUAUCAAUGUACCCACUGAAGGGCAGCUUCAGCGGCCGAGCCUGCUGCGUUUCCUGCUCCUCUUCACGGUGUUCUUCUAUGGAUUCUUCCUUUCGGCCAACUACACGUCCACUCUGGGCAGCAUUCUCACCGUGAAUCUAUUCCACGCCCAGAUCAACUCCAUGGACGACAUAGUGCGGGCACAGUUGCCAGUCAUGAUCAUUGACUACGAGAUGGAGUUUUUGCUGGAGAUUAACCAGGAGCUGCCUGAGGAGUUUCGCAAGCUGCUGCGGCCGGUGGACGCUGGCAUCUUCGCGCAGCAUCAAACGCGGUUCAACAGCUCCUUUGCGUACUUCAUCACGGAGGAUAGCUGGCAGUUCCUCGACGAGCAGCAAAGCCACCUGAAGCAGCGCCGCUUCAAGCUGAGCAACAUCUGCUUUGGCUCCUAUCACCUGGCCUUUCCCAUGCAAAUGGACUCGUCUCUGUGGCGGGACAUAGAGUACUUCACCUUCCGCAUCCACUCCUCGGGGCUGCUCAACUUCUACGCCCGGAGCAGCUUUGAGGCUGCCCUGCACGCAGGCCUCGUGGAGCGCAUCCCGGACACCCAGGAGUACACUGCUGCUGGAAUGCAGCAUUUGGCCAUUGCCUUCAUUUAUCUCCUGGUGAUGAGCGCAAUAGCUGCAGCUGUGUUCACCAUGGAACUGCUCAAUUGCUCAAUAUUUCAAAACAAUUAA